AUGUCCCUCGUCAACCUCUUAGAACCCGGUACCAAAGUAACAGUCUCAUCCACAGCCCCUCAAACCUCUAAAAAAGCAUUGUUAACAUCUUCGGACGAAUGUUGGACAUCAACAUCACUUCCUUCUUUCGUUCAUCUCAUUUUACCAAAUCCGUUAAACAACGUCACUCAUCUAGCGUUGACUUUUCAAGGCGGGUUCGUAGCUACUACCAUAUCAAUUUAUAUAGCUUUUCAAGCCGGUGAAAGUGACGUUAAUUUAGGUUUAGCAUUCGGUGGAAAGAUUUAUCCAGAGGAUAAAAACAAACGUCAAAUCUUCCCGAUCCCCUUUCCCCCAUCCCAAUCAAACCCUUUUCCUUCAACAACCGAACCUCGAACAGCAUUAGAACCUACCACUCUCAAUCCUACACCACCUACACCGGCACGAAUAACCGAAUUGAAAUUGGAGUUUGAAAGCAGUAGUGAUUCUCAUGGUAGAGUGACGAUAUAUCAAUUAGAACUUUUAGGUGCUGUUUAA